AUCUGCUGAUGUUUUGCUGUUCCAUCCACUGAAGCUUAUGGUUCCACAUGCGGUUGACAUCCUUCUCUUGCAAAGCCGUCUCACCUCACUGUCACCAGCAAGACAAAUCACAUACACAGCUCUUUUGUUAUCACAACCACACAUUACCAUUCACAGAUGUAAUGUUUUAAACCCUGCCACUCUUUUGCCAUUGCCUACUGAUGGUACACCACAUGACUGUGUUGACCUGUCUGAAAAACUCCAGCUUCCUCGUCCUGAUUUGCAGGACACGCCCCUUGAGACAGGUCCAACAUGGUUUGUUGAUAGUUCCUCUUCUAAGGCCCCUGAUGGAAAGAAUCUAACUGGUUUUGCUGUGGUACAGCUCCCUGAUAUUGUCAUAUGUGCUGAACAGCUCCCAGGACAUUUCUCUGCUCAAGCUGCAGAAAUCAUCGCUCUCACCACGGCUUUUCGGUUAGGCGAGGGUAAAGAAGUUACCGUCUAUACUGACAGCCAGUAUGCUUUCUCCACUUUGUUUUAUUUUGCUAAACAAUGGGAACAAAGGGGCAUGACCACUUCCACAGGCAAGCCUGUCACACAUGCAACAUUACUAAAAGAACUUUUGCACAAGAUAAUGCUACCUUCACGAUUAGCUGUUUGCAAAUGUGCUGCACACACAGGAGGGAAAGACUUGAUUAGUAUGGGUAAUCACCUUGCCGACAUUACUGCUAAGGCUGCAGCUGCUGGACACCAUUCACACUCUCAUUUCCUGUCACACACUGACUUUGAAAUAGAUUCAGACAUUCUCUCAUCAACACAAGAACAUGCACCUCGAAGUGAGAAAAAGUCAUGGUUGAACAGGGGUGCCAUUAAAACACAGUUUUGGGUAAUUAAGAACAAACCUAUCCUACCUAGAUCUCUUUUUCACGCUGCAGCUAUUUCGACACAUGGGCUUUGCCACGUGUCGACAGGGGGGAUGAUUGAAAUAAUUCACAAAUUCUUUUUCACAAUAGGUUU